CCCCCUUGCGCUCCCUAAGCCUUCUCCCCUCUCCGAUUCUCGGUUCGACCUUGCCUGUUUCCUUCCCUCCCCUCCCUUCUCAAGCUCUCCUUCCCCUGUUCUCCCCUGCCCCUGGCGCCCUCUCUUCCCAUAUUUUUCUUAGGAUUCCGAUCUCGGGAACUGGCUUCCUCGAUUCAAAAUCGAGAAACCACCCCCCGAAUCAGGUCCUCUCGAUGCUGCUUUGCUUCGGUUGGUGGAAAGGCCCCUCCUUUUAGGCUCAUUCUCACGCCAUUUUAUCAAAGGUGACCCUGUUCUUGUGCCUCUGAAGGAGUUUCCUUGAACCCUUCCCUCAAGAUUGGAUUUUUAAGGGGUCGAAAAUCGGAAAUUCAUCUCAAAAAUCUGAGGUUCUGGUUCCAAAAUCUAAUCUUUCUUCAGAUAUCUGGUUUGAGUUUUUUUUUAAUUAAAAAAAAUCGCUCCUUUCUGCCCCCUGUUAUCUUUUCUUUAAUUUUCUUCUCUCCUAUUUCACAUGCCGGACCUGUUCAUAUUGUCAUUCUUAGUUGAUGUCGCCUAUCCUAAGUGAAAUUCUCCUCUCAGGGUUUAUGAUAAGUUCCUCACUUCGACGCCGGACGCACUUGGUUCAAUCCUUCUCCGUAGUCUUCCUCUACUGGUUCUACGUUUUCUCGUAAACUUGUUUUGAAAUCAGCACUAUAUUUAUAUAUAAUUCCAUAAGCUAUCUAUCUAUCUAUCUAUCUAUAAUCUCUCUCUAGCCUUUGUUGAAUCACUAUCUCGUCUUUGCUGAAUCACCAUCUCUAAAGAACUACCGAAUAGCUCUCGCUCAUUGUAAAUAAACAGUAAUGGCUUCUUCCAGUGGCACUUCUUUUCCAUAAGCUAUCUAUCUAUCUAUCUAUCUAUAAUCUCUCUCUAGCCUUUGCUGAAUCACUAUCUCGUCUUUGCUGAAUCACCAUCUCUAACGAGCUACCGAAUAGCUCUCGCUCGUUGCAAAUAAAGCUAUAUAGUAAUGGCUUCUUCCACUGGCACUUCUUCCGGAUCCAGCCAGCUUCCUAAUUCUGGCUCUGAGGAGGACUUGCAGGCUUCGAUGCACCAGAGGAAGCAGAAGAGAAUGCUAUCGAACCGGGAGUCAGCGCGGCGGUCCCGGAUGCGGAAACAGAAGCAUAUGGAUGAUCUCAUGGCCCAAGUUGGCCAUUUGAAGAAGGAGAACAGACAGAUCCUCACAGCUCUCCAUGUCACAACACAGCACUACUUGGAUGUGGAGGCUGGCAACUCUGUGCUCAGGACCCAGAUGAUGGAGCUGAAUACCAGGCUUCAAUCCCUUAAUGAGAUCCUAUGCUGCAUGAAUGGUAGUGGGAACCAUGGUUUUGGGGCCACUGAUGGCAGCUUCACCAGGCCAUGGAGCUUGAUGGCUGGGAGCAGCCAGCCCAUCAUGGCCUCAGUCGACAUGUUUCAGUACUGUUAGACAAAGCCAACAGGGACUCAAAGGAGGGUAGGGGCCUAUGCCUUUGCCUUUGCCUUUGGUUUUGGUUGGCGGUGAUUGUGAUGGAUGGUCCUUCCUUCGGUGUUCUUUUUGAGGUGAACCUACGUUUGGUGUUCGCUGAGGCUUUUGCUGUUGUUGAGUGGGAGAAGGGCAAGACAUUUUAGUCUUUUUAGAGCUUUUGGGGGCCAGAGAGCUCAGGGGAAGAAAGGGUGAAAGCCAUGAACUGUGUGGUAGUGGUUUGAUCGCUAGGUUUCUCUAGUCUGUGUGUGGGUUAUAUUACAUAAUUAUGCGUUAAAAACUAUAAGUGUAUGUGGUCUCUACGUUAUCAAUAAUAUAAUAAUGACUACUAGUAUUGCUUCAAAGUUCCAA